AUGUCAUUGGCAUGCCAGUAUUAUGGAGAAAGAGAAUAUUGGGAUCAGAGAUAUGAAGAUGAUAAAAAGAAGAGACCACAUUUCGAUUGGUAUCAUGGUUAUAAGACUUUGAAACCAUUCCUUUCUAAAUAUUUUUUAAAGUUGGACAGAAUUUUAAUGCUUGGUUGUGGAAAUAGUAAAUUGGGUGAAGAUAUGAAUGACGAUGAAUAUAAGGAGAUUGUAAAUAUUGACUUUUCAGAUGUAUUAAUACAAGAUAUGAAGAACAGAACCGUCGGUAGAGAAGGAUUAGAGUAUCUGACAAUGGAUGGCAGAGAUAUGGACUUUGAGAGUGAUUCUUUCGAUUCUAUUUUUGACAAGGGUACAAUCGAUGCUGUGAUGUGCAGCGACGACGACAAUUCCAAUGCAAAGCGAAUGAUUACCGAGGUUUCGAGAGUGUUGAAGCCUGGUGGUUUCUUUGUGGUGAUGACCUAUGGUUCACCAGAGAACCGAUUGCCAGUGCUCAAUGUUGCCAACUACAACUGGACCGUCUACAUGAGAAUGUUAGGAACAUCUCCAGAUGCUCAAAGUAAUCAAUGUCACUAUAUCUACAUUAUGAGAAAGAACAUAGCGAAUUCCGAUAACUCUACAGCCGAUCAGGCUUCCCUACAACAACUCAAAUCAAUUGCAACCAAUCCAUUCGAUCCAAGUACCGAACAUUUCGAAACCUAUUUAUAUUCUUCAGUUGGAAAGAUUGCAUUAGAAGUUACACCAGUAGUUAAAUAA